AGCGAGGCGCGUGCUCACGUGCGCUAUGAAUGGAGCGCGGCCGCAGACGCAGACUAGGCGCAGACGUCGUGCGGGAAACGCGCUCGACCGGCGCGCGCGCAAUCUGUGACAUUCGUGUAUAGUGUGGUCCUUCGCGACGGAACUACGAACAUCAUCAUGUUUUCGAUACUACGGCACAUUCUGCUGUUAUUGUUCCUUGUGGCAGUAACCUCUUCCCGUUCGUUCUCCUCCGACUUGAUUGCGACCGACACGGCACCCAUCAACCAAAUUGCCAAUAUUACAUAUGGAGCAGAAACUGAUAACCAAGGCACCUUGACGUCGAUAUUCUCCCCGCGUAUGGACUUUGAGCAAUGGAAGCCACUAACUGGCCGUGGAGACCCGCUUCGCAACGACCCGACGUAUGAUUAUGAACCACCUGUCCUCGAACGAGUCCACUACUGGGCAGACGAUACUAGAUUGGAACGAGAACAUUAUCCCGAAAGGAAAUCAGAAGUAUUAAUGCUCGGCGUAUCAUCUCGGAAGCCGAGUGUUACCUCCCGGCAGCCGCCCUUACCACCGAGACGUCCCGCACACAGGCCUCUACCGAAUAAGUACGAAGACUUUACCUACAAACUGAGCGAGCACUAUCCAAUGACAAUUCUAGUGCCCCCGCCACCACCUCCUCCUGGCCACCAACCGCCGCUCUUUAUCCUAUCGGAAGAUAAACCUGCCGUGAACAAAAAAGUACCGCCACAAAUUCAGGUAAAUCAUCCUCUUCAGAGCGUAAUUCAGGAUACCACACCCACUUCUGAACAUCUUACAUCUUUGUACGCAUUGCAAGAAUCAAAUUUAAUUUAUCAAUCAUCAACAACUACCCAAAACUGGAUAAGUAAUGCUAAUGAAACUAAAAUCAUAGAGAAUGCAGUAAGUAGUGAUUAUGCUGGAUGGGGACCAACCACACCUAUAGACGACAAAGAUGCUGCAAAUGAAACGCAUAAUCUAAUUUUGAAUGAAAAUUCCGAUUAUUCCAAACAUCCAUAUUCGUUUUACAAACCAAUGUUAUCAGAAUCUCCUCCUCCUCCCAAGUUAAUACUAAACCCCUUCGUUACUUCAACAUUUGUCCCAACCGCAUUACCGCCCACAACACCAGUACCUGUUACUGCGAGCUCCACUCAAGUGACAUGGCCAACUGAAAAAACAACAGAAACAAUAGAAGUUUCUACGGAAACACCAGAAGAAACAACAACUGAAAAAAUAAAUACAGUUGUGUUCCAGCCCACACCCGUACCCACUACAGAAACAAAAUUAGAAACAAGCUUAUUCGAUAUGCUUGGUCCUAUGAUGUCCAUGCCAAUGGUUAAUGGUCCCGAAAGACCAGAAGAUAAUCUCUAUGCUCACGCUUCUGAGACUGUUCACAUAUUUAAUGAAAAGAAACCAGACGACAUACAAAUUGAAACAAUGCAAACUAUGCAACCGCCACCUCCAGCCAAAAUUGUCGAAAAUCCAACAGUACCUCACAAGCAACCAUUCCAUGUGAACUCACAGGUUUCAAAUAAAAUGCCAGCCUUGUACACGCAUGGACCGUAUUUACACAAUCGUUUUACCACACCGAUUCCAACAACCAUAGAAGAGUAUUCAGAAACCAUCAAACAAACGACUGAAAUACCGACUGUGCCAAUGUAUCUCAUAAUACAAGGUCACUCCAAAGUUAAAACAUAUAGUUCAAAACCAAAAGCUUCAGUUGGAAAAGAAACAGCUAAUAAUGAAAUUUCCAAAUCUUUAGAAACAAAUGAAGUUAAACAUCUACAUCCCAAAACGAAAAAAUCUGCAAAAAAAUUGGAUUUAACAGACGCCAAUCGAACUAACAAAGCUAAAAAUUUAAAAACAUUGGUUGACAGUGGUCUGGGGUCUAUAGAAAUACAAGAAACCGAUCUAGGAAUAAAAUACGACGUUAGUGAUGGUAGUGAUGUGCCAAUAGAAAUAUAUCGGAAGGGUAUUGUAGACAAUGAUGAAAAUGAUUACUCUACUGCUAGAAAAACCACUAAAGAGACAAGAACAAAGCGUCAGAUUGACCUCGAAGACUUACUGCCCUUUGACGAAGAAACUAUUGAUGAAUUCGUUUAUAACUUUUUAGAAGGUAAAAAAAAUGAAACAAGUAUUACUGGAUUAAUUGCGCAAGCUGUUACAAGUGAUGCUGCACAGGCCAUUGAUGAACUGGAUGAAGAUGACGACGACAAUGAACAAGAAGAUGGGAGAUGAAUUUUACCUGAGUGCAUUUCUGAGACCUAUUAGAUUAAAUUACAUAGCACAAUACCAAAAAAAAAAAACGAAAACUAUUUUGGUGCAGAGAAAGAGCGUUAGUAAAUUUAACAACUUAAAUUAUAACUAAAUUGUAUUUGAUUGACCCCACCGAUGGAUCAGAACAUAAUUUAACCAUGUACUUGACUUGCAAACACCUACAGCUAGCCAGCUCUACAAAAGUGAGGUGCGCAUCACAACAAGAGAUUGUUACGUAUUAUUAACUAGAUAUAAAAUCGUUUUGACUUUGCCUACAAUGGAUGUAAGUACACAGAGCAUUGUAUUGUAUCCCCUUCGGCAAACUGUCUAACCAAUAUUAUAGGUUCUAUCUAGGUAUAUGACCUGAAUUACAAAAAAUGUUAAACAACAAUAAAUUAUUUUGUUUCACCAAAUGAAGAGCUAGUUGAAGUGGCGAACAUGACGAAUUGGAUUUUAAUGAGACUACAUUUUGUAUUAAUUAGUUUAGUAACUACGUACUUAUUUAGUGAAUGUAUUUAUUUUAGUAUUAAGUACGAUUAAAUAAACAAUUAUACCUAAUAAUUUCUAUAGCAA